AUGACAGAUUUUUCCAGGAAGAACGGCCUCCAAUCAGCCACAACCGACAUUUCGUACUCAGUGUUCAUGGAUGCGCUUACUAAUCUCCGUCAAUUCGGAAGGAAGUUUUACAACGCAGACACUAUGGACGUUCUGAAUGCUGCUAUCAAGUUUAUUGAGGAUUUCGCUGACGAAAAUGAACCGGACAGAGAAACAACGAAGCGCCUGCUGCUAUGGAUCAAUAUGAAGCUGGGCAAGUUUCGUGGUCUAGUCAUCUCUGACGGCCUGGCAGUAGCAAUCCUAAGCCUGACGCGCACUUUGCCGAAGCAAGGACCGCUCGAGCUGUGCCUCAAGUACCUGUCAAAAACUGGGUGCAAUGGGAACGGUGUCCCAGGAAAAAGUUUUUCAAAGUACCGCGCACAUUUUCGGCCCAAGUCACUUUCUCCAGAAGCCAAGACCCAUAUUGAGACCCACUUCGGCGGACUCGCACCGGAGUUCGUCGACCUCUGA